GUAACUUUAAUUGGGUUUGAUUGGGAUUCAUCAGUUUCUUUUUUAUUUCUGAACUGGGUCUGUUUCCUUCGUUGAAUUUACUAGUCAGAAAUUAACAUAUGCUUUCUGGGUUGUUAUCAUUUUGGGCUGUGAUUUGAGUUCUUCCUUACUGAUUUCGAUUAUUGGUUUAUUUGUGAGCUUAUAGUAGACUAUGACAUUCUAAGCCAUUUUUGUUUUAGGUUCGAUUUGAUUCUCAUGUUCACUAUUUAGUUUAAUCAAUUGCAAAACUCUCUGAUAUCAAAUAUGGAGAACAUUUUCGUACAUAGGAAGAUUUGUUGCUCCAGUUACUGCAGUGCAGAGUUGUUUGCUUUGGGUAUCUAACACUAUGUUAUUGUUUUCUAUUUGUUGUGAAUCUUUAUGUACGUGUUAUUAUUUUUUACUAGUUUCUUAAUUGUUAGAAGUAAAUAAAAUUGGGUUCUGAUACGAAAUAAGAACUAAGAUCAAGUGGAGCAAGAAGAGUGACUGACGAAAGUGAAGAUGGUGUUCGGGCAAGUUGUAAUUGGUCCACCUGGCUCAGGGAAGUCCACUUAUUGUAAUGGCAUGUCACAGUUUCUCGAACUCAUUGGAAGGAAAGUUGCAGUGAUCAAUUUGGAUCCGGCUAACGAUUCAUUACCGUAUGAAUGUGCUGUGAACAUAGCUGAUCUUAUCAAACUAAAUGAUGUCAUGGCGGAACAUACUCUUGGUCCAAAUGGAGGUCUUGUAUAUUGCAUGGAUUUUCUAGAGAAAAAUAUUGACUGGUUGGAGGCUAAGUUGAAACCUCUUCUUAAAGAUCACUAUCUUCUCUUUGAUUUUCCUGGCCAAGUGGAACUCUUCUUUCUUUAUUCCAACGCCAAGAAUAUUAUUAUGAAACUCAUUAAGAAGUUGAACCUCAGGUUGGUUGCAGUGCAUUUAGUUGACGCCCAUCUUUGCAGUGACCCUGCAAAGUAUAUCAGUGCAUUGCUUCUCUCUUUGUCAACCAUGAUACAUAUGGAACUCCCACACAUAAAUGUCCUGUCUAAGAUUGAUUUGAUACAGAACUACGGAGAGCUAGCUUUCAACCUUGAUUUCUAUACUGAUGUUGAGGAUUUAUCUUAUCUUCAGAACAGUCUUGAUCAGGAUCCUCGCUCAGCUAAAUUCAGAAAGCUUACCAAGGAGCUCUGUGGAGUCAUAGAAGACUACAGUCUUGUCAGCUUUACAACCUUAGAUAUUCAGGAUAAAGAGAGCGUGGGAAAACUAGUUAAGCUGAUAGACAAGACCAAUGGGUACAUUUUUGCUAGCAUUGAGACAAGUGCGGUAGAAUUCAGCAAAAUUGCAAUUGGUCCCGUUGAUUGGGAUUACCACAGAGUUGGAGAAGUGCAAGAGAAGUACAUUAAGUUUGACGAAGACUUUGAUGACAAUGAAUAGCUUGCAACUUUAUGGCCUUUGUCAUGGAAGAAGAUGAUACUGGAAUCUCAUCAACUGAAUUCUGGAUAACUCACCAGUUUCUCCCCUCCACUAUCAUGUUAGUUUAAACGCGUUCCAUAUGUAAGGGGUUUUGUGUUCAGAUAAUCAGGUUGUAUAAUAGGCUCUGGUCAUGCAUGUAUACGAAAAUGUAGCUUGCACAUAUGAACUGUUUAGAAGAGGUUUUGCAGAAUGAUUUGAGUUUUGACUGCGAGGGUUAUGGAUGCUGAUU